CAUGUGGGCAGACUUUGAGAAUUCAUAAUUAAUUCAUUCACACUCUCUCAUCUUCAUUCUCACUCAUCUCAUCUCAUAAUAUUCUCUGCAACUCCCAAAACAACCAUGGCUGCAGCUUAUGCAACUCUAGUUUCUGCUAUGAAUAUCAUAAACAGCCUUCACCAUCAUCCUAGCCCUCCUGUUUCUCUCCACAUUAAACAAGUUGAGUCUCUCACUCAAAAGAUCAAUUUCCUGCUCGAAUUUGUCGAGGGGUAUAACCCCCAUCUUGGCUACUCCAAAGAAGCGGAUCCAUUGGAAUGUCGCAUUGCAGAUGCAGCUUACGCGGCCGAAUACGCCAUUGAAUCUCAUAUUUUCGAUGAGGAUUGUUCCAUUGUAUCUCAUAUUUUCGAUGAGGUGAAAAAUGAUGGCUUGUAUGAAGCCCUCGAGAAGGUGAUAGAAGACAUGGCUUCUAUAGAAGAGGAAGCGAAAGAAAUUCAAGGGAGAUUUGGAGUCCAACAUCAGCUGCACACAAAGUCAACGCCUUCGGAUUCCUCGAGAUCUUCUUCGAUCCCGCAGCAGAGUAGCAUGGUGGGUGCUGAUGAUGUCAAGCUUCAAUUAAUGGAUAAGCUCACUUCUGGUCUCCUUCAUCUGCAAAUCAUUCCCAUUGUAGGGAUGGGCGGCUCCGGUAAGACAACUCUUGCUAGAUCUAUUUAUGAAGAACGUCUUAUUAAGGACCAUUUUGAUAUUUGUGCAUGGGCUACCAUCUCUCAAGAAUAUGUCAUUAGAGAUAUUUUUGCAGUAGUUCUUCGUCAGUUUAAUAUAGGAGUUGCUGACGAUUUGAAUGAGCAUGAAUUAGGAGAAAAAUUGUAUAAACAUCUUUAUGGUAGAAGAUACCUAAUUAUAAUGGAUGAUAUGUGGAGCAUUGAUGCUUGGGAUAGAGUUAGGAAAUAUUUUCCGGAUAACAAAAAUGGUAGCAGAAUAGUGGUAACAACAAGACUAUCAGAUUUGGCUUCUACAUUACCCAACUCUAAUAGCCUUGGGAUGGAACUUUUGGAUGAGGCUGACAGUUGGGAGCUUCUCUCCAAAACUGUUUUUGGGAAAGAAGGUUGCCCCCAUGAAUUGGAGGAAAUUGGAAAAGAGAUUGCAAAAAGCUGCAAAGGACUUCCAUUGUCAAUUGUUGUGAUUGGAGGUCUUUUGGCAAAGUCUAAACAUACAAGAGAGUGUUGGGAAGAGAUAGGGGAAAACUUGAAUGCAAGUGUCGUUAAUUUAGAGGAUGAUGAACGUUGCUUGAAAAUACUAUACAUGAGUUACAAGCAAUUGCCAAUACAUUUGAAACCAUGUUUUCUCUAUAUGGGAGUUUUUCCCGAAGAUGAGGAGAUUCGUACGUCAGAGCUCAUUAGAUAUUGGGUUGUGGAAGGAUUUGUGAAAGCAGUAAGUGGGAAAAGGUCGGAAGAGAUAGCAAAAGAGUAUUUAAAAGACCUUAUUGGUAGAAAUCUUAUUUUAAGGAGUACUAGAAAUCUUGAAGCAAAGAAGUGGUGCCAAAUUCAUGACUUGUUGAGAGACUUGUGCUUGAGAGAAGCUGAAAAAGAAAGGUUUUAUAAUAGCGCAUCAGAUAAUGUAGACAUAAGCAUCUUGCCACCUAUGUCACAAGCUCGUUCUUUGAUGAUGUGGAAUGUUGAACGAGAACUAUCACCUCUUAAUAUGAGCUUGUUGAGGAUAGUGAAAACAAAAUGGGGCGAAGAAGAUUUAAUAUUUGAACACGUGGAUCAAUUAGUUAACUCACGAUUCCUUCAAAUACGUUGUUGGGGAAUAAGUGGGGGGAAUUUUCCUUGUUCAAUAUGGCAAUUUUGGAAUCUACAAACAUUAAUUGUUUACAGCUACGGUGAGGUUAUUACUGCGCCAAUUGAUUUUUGGUGCAUGCCUCGCAUCAGGCAUGUUAAGUUCAAAAAUCUUCGUCUCCCAGAUCCUCCUAACGACCAAGAUGACAUUGUUUUGGAAAAUCUGCAAAGCCUGGGGAAAGUAUUUGGAUUCAAGUGUAGCAAACAAGUGGUCAAAAAAAUUCCCAAUAUAAAAGAAUUGGUUUUUAAGAAUGGGGAAGAGUACUAUGAUGAUGAGAUGUCCUGCUUGAGCAAUCUUGAUUGUCUAACUAAACUUGAGUCCUUAGAUUGCUUUCUCUGUACAAGAAGUGCAAUCAACUUUCCUCAUUCACUGAAGAGAUUGGUUCUUCGUAACAACUACAACAACUCGAGUUAUGGUUGGGAAGACAUAUUGGAUAAGGUAGGUGCGUUGCCCCAUCUUCAGAAGCUCACACUCGAAUAUGGGAGUUUCAACGAAGGGAAGUGGGAAACAACUGAAGGCCAAUUUCGCAGCCUCAAAUUCUUGACUCUUAAGGAUACUGAUAAUCUAGCAAUCUGGAAACUUGAAAGCUCCCACUUUCCAUGCCUUGAGCGACUUCAGCUUUUGAGACUAGAUAACUUGCAGGAAAUCCCUUUAGAGUUCGCAGAAAUAGCCACACUUAGAGAAAUUGAUGUGGUAUAUUGCAGCGAUUCGGUUGUGGUUUCUGCAAAAAGAAUAUCAGAGGAACACGAGGACUAUUACGGGGAAGGAGCCCUUCAAGUUCUCGUUGACUUCGAGAUCGUGUAACGUGUCAUGAGAAUUAAUACUACUAAGCAUAUAUAACUGAAAAACAAGUGAGAGAUAAAGAGAGAUAUGGGCAUGAACUUCGCCUCGCUGCCACUUUCUCCACCCAUGUCUGGCUGAGUUUGACGCUGCAAGAGUUGUUUCACUCUUUCAUUUAGGUAGGCAUGGAUCAAUUGGGAUAUCCUAAUUUUGGAUUUAGAUAGCGUAAGUUGGCUCUUUUUUUUGACUUGGGGGAGUUGGGGAGGGGGAGCAGUGGGGUUUGAACCCGAGACUUCACUGUUAACAGACAGGAGGUCGCACCGCUUGGUGUGCCAUUGGGGACCGUAAGUUGGCUCUUGUGCUUCAUGUUUAGCUCUUUAUGUAUUUUCCUAUGGGGUUGUCACUUGUGGACCAUUUCUAAAUUGGUGUUCGUUUGGUUUUUGAGCUUCUAAAGUCACUUAUAGGUAAGUUGCUUGUCACUUUUGAACUAAGUCCUAUUGUAAUUUUUGAUUUGUGUAUGUGGGUACUCGUUUUUUU